AGGCGUGUACGGAGAGGAUGAGCGGAGAGUGGGGGUGUGAGGAACUCCAAUGAGGGGAGACAUGGCGACCAAGAUGCUUCUCUCGCUGCUAUUGCAUUGCGUCUGCGUAGCCACCACCGCCAACAUACCCAGUUCAGGUGCAAGCGUCCUAGCAGGAGUGGCCGGGAGCGAGGGCGCGCGUCCAGACCGUCCCUAUUUUGACGACGUAUCGCCCAGAAACGUAUCGGCGGUGGUCGGCCAAGCGGCCGUGUUGAGAUGCAGGGCGAAACAUAUAGGGAACAGAACUGUAUCUUGGAUGCGAAAACGCGACCUUCACAUCUUAACAUCCCACAUCUUCACAUACACGGGGGACGCCCGCUUCAGCGUGCUACACCCUGAGCCUUCAGAUGACUGGGACCUCAAGAUAGACUACGUGCAGCCGAGAGACGCGGGAGUGUAUGAAUGCCAGAUAAAUACCGAGCCGAAGAUCAACAUGGCCGUCAUUUUGACUGUUGAAGGUGAAUAUGAGUUCCCACACCCCGCGACACAGGCCCCGCCCCGCUCCUCAGCGGCGGCGGCGACCAUCUGGGGUUCUCAGGACGUGUAUGUGAAGAAAGGCAGUACGAUAUCGCUGACGUGUUCAGUGAACGUCCACUCCUCGCCUCCUUCCAGCGCCUCUGUUUUAUGGUACCACGGCAACUCGGUAGUGGACUUCGAUUCCCCCCGAGGGGGCAUCAGCCUGGAGACAGAGAAGACAGAAGGGGGCACCACCAGCAAACUGCUGGUCACCAAGGCGGCUCUCACAGACUCUGGGAAUUACACCUGUGUACCGAAUAAUGCACACCCCGCUUCUGUGUCAGUUCACGUACUUAAUGGUGAGCAUCCAGCCGCAAUGCAGACCAGCAACAGAGCCUCGUCCUACCUCACGUCCCAGCUGAGCUGCGCAGUCUUCACCUACCUCCUGUCGUCUAUGGUCUGCAGAUGAUGGGCUUCACAGCUCACGGAAAUUGGGGCUUUUGGCUUCUACUGAGAUUUAGUUAUAAUGUACUUGUUAAUUGACACGGUGUAAUGAUAUCGUAUGGAUAGUUUAUUUGAUUAAUGUCAUCGUUAUCGGGAUGUGUAAGGCUUUGGAUCGAAUCAUCAAUAACAAGUUUCUCAUAAACUCGUCUUAAUCCUUUCAUCAUAAUGUUUUUAGUUUGAUUUAGAAUGAGUUUGACAUAGAUUUUUCCUCCUCGGACGUUCAGUCAACUAAGAUUUUAAUUCGUCGAAAGAUUGACUUCUUCUUUUCUAUCGGUAAAUCGUUCAAUAACAAAUAUUUUUCGUCUAACUUUUGUUUUACCAAAGAAAAACCAACAUAUGGUUAUGAAAUUUGCUCUUGUAAAAUAUUGACGAAUCAACGAACUUGCCAUAGUAACUUUGUUUAAAAUUUUGGUAAAAGGAUAGCAGAUCUGCAAUAAUGAAGCUGCUAUCAAUAUUAAUUACGAGUAAUAUCACAUUUAAAGAAGGUCAUUGAUAUGACUUUGAGGUUACAUUAUCUACACUGCACAAUGUAGUUUCUGUUUCAUAUACAUUUAUGUAGCCAUAAAUUAAUGAUUCAAUUUUAUACUCGUGAAUUUGUUAAAAGCACUUUCCAUUUAUUAUUCCAUUAAAUUGCACUUAUUAAAUCCACAUGGAUUAACAAUAUGGCUAAAAUGUUCAACAUUAUUUUAUUUUUAUUCCGGUUUUAUUCCGUCAAAGGCUUUGUCUUAAGUUUUUUUUUAAAUUUUUUACCGGGAAAUUUCCGUAUGGAGAAAUAUUCUUAUAACAAAUUCUUUUUAUUAUACGUGAAAAUGACCGAAUGAUGUAAGCCAAAAAGCCAAGAUUUAUUUUGUUAAUACUAUUAUUAAUGUUGAUUAAAAUACUUAACGAAUAUAACAUUUAUUAUCAUUACAUAGAUACUUGAAUAAAAGCUGAAAACGUAUCCGGUACCAUUUUGAAAUAAUAGUAGGUAUAUUUUAAUUUUUUUGAUUAUUUAAUAAUAUAAGUUAUAAUUAUAUUUAAGUUAUGUUAAAAAAAAUGUAAAAUUAUAUUAAAUUUGACUUAUUUUUGAAAUUCCCAGUUAUUUACGUAAACAAACAUAAGUUGAUUUAAAAAUGCAGGUUUAUAUAUAAAACUUAUAAAUACAAAGAAAAUCGACGAUUCUAUUCCCACAUUUUCAACAAAAACUAUUUGUUACAUAUUUCAGUUUUAGUCAUAAAUUCAUUUCAUUCAAUAUUUGCAUUGAGCUAUGCAUUUCAGAAAACUGCGAUCCAAAUAAAUUUGGUUGUGAAACAAAGGACAGAAUUUUAUUUAAAAUAAAACUAUAUUUUCAAAAUGUCUGACAGCCGAAAGCUCCUGUUACCGACGUCAACGCGUUAAUGUUAAUUAAAUUAGAAGUAAUUAAAACAUUAGAAGAAUUGUUACGAGGAUUCAGAUGGAAACGAAAUGCGUGAUCUAGUAGAAUAAUUUUAAUUAAUUAAUGUACAAUUGUAAUGUACGCUAAUGCUUUUUGAACUAAUUUCAUUUGAACUUUCAAAAUACUUUUUCAUUAUUAACAUUUUCACUUGCACGAUUCACAAGAAUAAAAAUAUAAUAAAUAAUAAAAAAACGAAUCUGUUAAAUUCUACAAAGCGUUUCAAAAAAAUGUAUGUCAUAUCAGUUUUUUUUUCAUUAAAAAUAAUAAACAAAUAUGUAACAUUAUAUACGUAAAAUUUGCGACCAUAUCCUACCUCGGACAUGUACCAAUGACUAUUUUCAAAAGUUAUGUACAUUAGUUUGUAUACUAACCGAUGUUCUUACGGUGAGGGAAAACAUCGUGAGGAAACCUGCACAUGCAGGCAACUAAAUGUGCAAUCAUGGUCGAUCCAACAUGGGUCAGGUUUACAUGCAAAGGUUGCGGAGGUAAAAUGGAAGUAGUUUCGUGUAAAACCCUGAUUCACCCAAUCCAGGAUCCAUGGUCAAAGGCAUACCCCGGGCUCCUCUCCAGAGUGGUGAGGAUGCAACCGGGACUAAAGCCAGGAGAAAGAAUAAACGUAAGAUUUGUCGGUUAAUUUAAUGUGAUAUUUUAAGACAUUCCUUUUUUGAAUACAUCACGCAUACUAGGUCUAAGGCAAAAUACAUUGUUAUUAUUUUUUUGUAACUAAAUGACCAUUACCAACAUGCUAUUACAUUUAUUUAAGAAUAUAUUUUACUAUUUGCUCAUUCCCCUAAUUGUGAUAUUAUUUAAUUGCUUAUCAAUUGUUUCAUCAAAUCGGAAUGUACAUUGACAACUUUGUAAAUAAAUUAAACUAAAACUAUACGUAAUUGUAGAAUAAAGGUUUAUAUCAAAUCGCAGUGUAUAUAUUUCGUAUUGUUGUAUAUAAAGAGUUUGUAAGAUCGAAUCUAGUAGACCACUUUGGUGGUUUAAAACUGUGUUUUUGUUCCUAGAACAAUUUAAUUAAAUGCAGGUUGGACCUCUUCUGUAGAAAAUUCAAUAUCGUGGUCCGCUGUAAGCCGGAUAGGAAUUUCGUUCGUUGUUUUACUUGAUGUCGCGGGUGGAAAUGUUUUGUUCUUUCCAAUAUGGUUAAAAAUACACAUUACAUUUGAUGGCCAUAUGGAAUAUUGUACCAUUUUCGAUAUGCCGAUUAUACGACGAUGAUACAAUUUCUAUUUGGUUCACUGUAUCCGACCUGUAAGGAAUCAAAUUGGAAAAAAAGGUCAAAGUUGUUAGUAAUUAUAAAGACACCAAGUAUUGUUAGCAUAAAAUAUAUUUAAAAUUUUGAAUUUUCGUGUCAAUAUUCUUUUUUAAUGGACACUAUAUUAAUCCAUUGUUUCAUUUAAUAUUAAUCAUACACGCUUCGUCAAAAUCCAUUAAUUUAAAUCCUAUUUAAUGAAUUAUUUGCAAUCCAUUAAAAUUAUCAACAAAUUAAAAACAUAGCUAGAAAACUUUCAAAGUACAUUGUCACUAAACCGCUGUAGAAAUAAGAUUAUGUAGGAAAUGCCGUCGCGGAUAAACUCUUGCGGGAAACUGCGGAUUUGCGAGAUCUGUUUGCAUUAUACUGUGUCAGGUAAGUUGCGCAAGUAGGUUUUCGCUAAACUUAAACUAGGCGCGGAAACUUUGCCUUCGACGAAACAGGUUCGAUAAACCUUAUAAUUGCUAUAAUAAGUUUUUUUUAAUAAUAGAUUUCAGUGCACUUUACCUCAAUCUGCCUAAUGGUAAGCAAGCUCUUUAUUGCUUUACAUAAGAUCAGACAGAGACAAGUCUUGAAAAGACUGAAAGGCCAUGUUUAGCUGUAUGGCUUAAUGAUGGAAUCGAAAUUCCAAUAGUGACAGGUUGUUAGCCCAUCACCUAGAAUAACAACCUCCAUUUUCACACUACUCUCUUGAUUGACUGGCACAGACUAUGUAUACUACUCUGUCAAGAAAGUAGCAGGAAAAGAUCAAUAAUACACAAACUGUUUGUUAUUCAUCCAAAUUUAUUUUAUCACCUUCAAAAUAUGCUCCUUUAGAAACGAUACACUUACGCCAACGAAUAAUCCAAUCAUCAAAAUAUUUUUUAAACGCUGUUUCCGGAAUUGAGGUCAGUUCUCGCCGCGAAUUCUCUUUUAUGUCUUCUACCGAUUGAAAACGGGUGCCACGAAGUGGUAAUUUGAGUUUAGGAAAAAGAAAAAAGUCGGCUGGAGCCAUAUCUGGUGAAUAUGGUGGUUGCUCGAUGGUAUUUGUUGAGUGUUUGGUUAAAAAUUCGUUCACAAUGAUGGCCUUGUGCGAAGGUGCAUUAUCAUGGUGCAAAAUCCAAGAAUUUUCUUUCCACAAAUCUGGCCUUUUUCGUCGGAUUUGCUCUCUUAAACGCCGUAUAACACUCAAAUAAUAUUCCUUAUUU